GCCUUGUAACACUUUUGCGCUGACCAUGUGGUCUGUCACAUGAUAGCUGUAUGCCAUAGUCCACAAAGAAGGCGGUGACGUUGGAGGCUGAAGAAGAAAGCAAUGGCAGAGAUUCAACCAGAAGCGAUCAUCAAUCCCGAAGUAAAAUUCACACAGAUAUUCAUCAACAAUGACUAUGUGAACUCAGCAAGUGGAAAAACAUUUCCCACCUUCAACCCCACUACAGGAGAGAAGAUUACUGAUGUCCAAGAAGGGGACAAGGCUGAUGUGGACAUUGCUGUAGAAUCAGCUAAAACAGCCUUCAAAUCGGGGUCUGUAUGGCGUCGCAUGGAUGCAAGUCGUCGUGGCAGGCUGCUGUGGAAACUGGCUGACCUUAUCGAGAGGGACAUUUCAUACCUGGCUAGCUUGGAGACACUGGACAAUGGGAAGCCCUUCCAAGGCUCGGUAGGGGACAUAAUAUUUGGCAUAAAUGUGAUCCGGUACUAUGCUGGCUGGGCGGACAAGAUUCAGGGCAAGACCAUUCCAGUUGAUGGAGACUUCUUUUGCUACACUCGCCACGAGCCAGUUGGGAUUUGUGGGCAGAUUAUUCCUUGGAACUACCCCAUCACCAUGUUCUGCUGGAAGAUUGCCCCUGCCCUCUGCGCUGGGAACGUCAUUGUCGUGAAGCCCGCAGAACAGACUCCCCUCACAGCAAUCUACCUGGGAUCUCUCUUCAGAGAAGCCGGGUUCCCAACGGGUGUUGUGAGUAUUGUCCCUGGGUAUGGUCCUACAGCUGGGGCUGCCAUCUCGAGCAUCCCCGACAUCAACAAGGUGGCCUUCACUGGCUCAACAGAGAUCGGCAAGAUAAUCAUGGCAGCAGCAGCCGGCACGAACCUCAAGAGGACGACAUUGGAGCUGGGAGGAAAGAGUCCCAAUGUCAUCUUUGCCGACUCAAACUUGGACAUAGCGACUGCCUGGGCGCACGAGGCCGUGAUGACCAACAUGGGGCAGUGCUGCAUUGCGGGGUCAAGGACGUUUGUGCAGGAGGAAAUCUAUGAUGAAUUUGUGAAACGCAGUGUGGAGGCAGCAAAACAACGAAGUGUUGGUGAUCCCUUUGACCCCAAGACAAAGAAUGGCCCUCAGAUUGACAAUGAGCAGCUGACCAGGAUCCUGGAGCUGAUCCAGAGUGGGAAGGAUGAGGGAGCCACGUGUGAGAUUGGAGGGGCCAGGCAUGGAGACAAGGGCUACUUCAUCGAGCCCACUGUCUUCUCCAACGUCAAAGACAACAUGAGGAUAGCCAGGGAGGAGAUCUUUGGACCUGUUCAGCAAAUAAUUAAAUUCAAGACCUUGGAAGAAGUGUUGGAGCGUGCCAAUGACACGGCCUAUGGUCUUGGAGCAGCCAUUUUCACCAAUGACCUCAACAAGGCCUUGGCUUUCGCCAAUGGAAUCAAGGCCGGGACUGUGUGGGUCAACUGCUAUUUGUCUGUUAACGCACAAGCACCAUUUGGAGGCUUCAAGAUGUCCGGCCUCGGGAGAGAGAUGGGUGAAUAUGGCCUUCAGCAGUAUGAAGUGAAAAAUGUGGUGGUCAAAGUCCCAGAGAAGAACUCCUAAGAUGCUGAUGUUGUGAAGGAUUCUAGCCUUGUGUGAUGCUAAGAAUAAUCAGAAACCAACAUACUACUGAUGACCGAUCAACUGUUUGUUAAAUUUGUGUUAGAACUGAACAAUAUCUGAGCCACAUCCAUGUUAUAGCAGGACACAUAGGCAACGUAUUAUAGCAGAUGCUACUCUAGCCAGAUCAGCAUGUCAGCUGUACAACUAAUAGUAGCUAAUUAAACUACCACAAGCAAUUAUUGAAUCUUGUUAAGCUGUCUCUUUGUGACUGUCUAAUUAACAUGGAUUCCAACAUACUGGUACUAUUUAAUUGUGUCUAGUCUACACCUAAUGAGCAUGGAAAUAUUUCACACAGCUGGUGGCUGCCUGCCUGCCGAGGGUGUCUAGUGAUUUGUUAAUUAUGUCGGGGGUAUGACUGAAUCUGCUGUUUGGUACUCCUGAUACGCAGCAGUUUAUACAGUCUCAUUCCAUGUCAGUUUUGUUGCUGUAUAUAUGGUGCAGAGACCUAUGUGUUUAAUUGUACUUAAAUAAUUCAAUUUCAGACAAUCAUUGUCCUGAUGGUGCUUAUUUGUAUAACUGAUCUACAUAGAAAACCAAAGAUGACCUGUAUUGCAUGUUGUUCAUUUCAGCGCAUGUCGGCACACAAUUAUUACUUACUGUUCAGUAUUAAAAAACCCAUUUGAUCACAAUUUUAUACUUGACUUAGAAAUCCCUUGCACAAUUUGAUUUCAGAAAACAGUUUAUGAUUGUUGGAAAAGUAUAUGAUGUAUUUCAUUUGAAAUAUGGAAUACUGUUCCUGAUGAAAUUAUUCUGUUAGUGUUUCAUUAAAUUGGUGGCUGUGAAGUUCUGGAUGGACAUGACAGCUAAACACUAAAAUUGCACAAGGUUGUUUUGCAUUCUAUAGUUCACAUUAUACCCACGCCAUUUAUGAAGCAUCACAUGUAACACAUUGUGGCCUGUGAGAUGAUGUAUUGGGGGCCAGUAGACUGCAUUGUAUGGGGGCUAGUGUGUUUAUCUGGGCUGGUGGUAGCAUGCACUCUGAUGUUCUAUGUGUAGAUAUAGCCAGGGAUAACAAAGAAACUGCUUUUGGAACUGUAGCCAGCCUUUGUUGUUGAUUUGAACGAGCAUCUUUUGAUCUCUUCAUACUUUGUUUUUGAUUGUUUUAAAAGUAAUACAUCCGAUAGCUUCA